AUGCCGUCAAUCGGUGAAGAGAAAGGCUCCACCAAGUCCAUUCGCUCAAGUUCUCCAUCAAGCCAUUUGACAGAGCGGCCUGUCUCCGUGCAUGACCAUGAAGAUCAAGAGAAGGUCGUGGCAUUAGGGUCCUUGCCAUUGUCUCCGAGACCCAGCUUUUCCAACAAGGCUGCCUCGAUAGCCACUAAUGGCACGAACAACCCAGAUUAUGAGGUAGAUUGGGAUGAUGAAAUUGAUCCCAAGAAUCCAAGGAACUGGUCAAUUUGGUACAAGGGUUUCACUAUAUUCUCGAUCUCAUGGUCCACAUGGUGCAUCGUUGUGUAUUCCACAUCCUACACUACAGGCUUGGCAGAGAUGCAACACGAUUUCCACAUUUCUUCUGAGCCUGUUGUAACCUUAGGAGUGACUUCCUACCUGAUUGGCAUUGCUGUAGGGUCUAUGAUCCUCGCACCGAUUUCCGAAAUGUAUGGACGUCGACCAGUAUAUAUAGCUAGCAUGCUACUUUUCACCAUACUAAUCAUACCAUGCGGACUCGCGACCUCUUUGCCAGAAGUCAUCAUUGUACGUUUCUUUGGGGCCGUGGCGGGGUCUGCCAUGAUCGCCAACAGCCCGGGUACCGUUAGUGACAUCGUGAACGAUGACUAUCGAGCAUUGGCUUUUUCAAUCUGGUCAAUAGGUCCACUCAACGGACCAACCUUUGGUCCUAUAAUUGGAGGGUUUUCUACGCAGUAUCUUGGCUGGAGAUGGACCAAUUGGAUUGUUAUGAUCAUUUCUGGAGUUGCCUUCAUCUUCAUGUGUAUGCUGAAGGAGACUUACGCGCCGGCCCUACUACAGAAGAAGGCUAAGCUUCGCCGAAAGGAGCAGGAUGAUGACCGGUACUGGUCUCGCUAUGAUAACAAGAUCAAGUUUUGGCCGCUCUUGAAAGUCAACCUCAGCCGGCCAUUUAUUAUGGUGUUUACAGAGCCUAUCUGGUCCGCCUCCCGUCAAUGCUUCACAUUUGAGGGACUGAAUCUGACAGAUCCGCAGCAUAUUUUGGGAUGUAUACAUAGCGAUCAUCUACGGCAUUCUAUACCUCUGCUUCGUCGCCUAUCCUAUCGUUUUCACUGGUGUCCGCGGAUGGUCCGCUGGUAUAUCCGGGCUUGCGUUUACCGGCCUGGCUGGUGUUUUCUAGUCAUUGGUACAGAGCCACUGCUUCGAAGAAUGAUCAACUCUCACAAGAAAGACCCUGAGACUGGCAAAGUACCGCCUGAAGCCAUGGUCAGUGUCGUCUGUAUCGCUGCUGUUUUGGUUCCUGUCGGAGAAUUGUGGUUUGCUUGGACCUGCGUGCCUCCGGUACAUUGGAUCUGGCCUAUCUUGGCAGGUAUACCUUUCGGCGCAGGAAAUACCGCAGUCUUCAUAUACGCAUCGAAUUACCUUGCUCAUAGUUAUGGCAUCUACGCCGCCUCAGCGAUGGCUGGGAACUCGGUCAUUCGAUCUCUCCUAGGUGGCACGUUACCGCUCGCGGGACCAGCAUUGUACGCGAAACUGAAUCCCCAUUGGGCCGGAACUUUGUUGGGCCUGAUCCAGGUAGCCAUUAUACCCAUCCCUGUAUAUUUCUACAGGUACGGACAUAAGAUUAGGAUGAAGAGUGCUCUCAUUCAGAGUAUGCAGCAGGACAAAGAAAAGUUGGAGAGCAAGCGAAGGAGUGGCGUCCGCGCUGCCAAAUUAGAGAAAGUGGAGGAUGAUAUCGCGAAGGUUUAUUCGAAAACCGUAUAA